GAAGUAGGAGAAGGAGGUGGCAUUACGGAGGAGGAAGAGGAGGGAUGGAAGAGGAGGCGCGGGAGGAAGAGGAAGGACAAAGGAGGAUCAAGGAAAGGAGAAGGAACCAUGAGGUCGAGCGCUCCUUGAAUUCGCAGCCCCUCUGGGACCAUCACCCCUCAUCCCACAGGAUUUCCCGUUCUCAGACCUUAGCUGGAUGGAGGAGGAGGCUGCAAGGAGGAGGAAGAUACCCUGGGACACCCGGGCAACCUCUCUCCUGCUCCAUCUCCCAGCCCAGCACGGCCCCCGGCUGCAGGACAACCCCACUGCCGACGCCGUCCUGCCGGGGACGCACUGGGGGGAUCUCCUUGCCCUUCCCUCUGGCACGGAGGCAAAUCCCAUCCUCUCCUUGUCCUUCCUCCCCCAGACAGGGAGCUGAGGAUGGAGACCAGGGGUGACAAAUCCCCACGGCACAACCUCGUGGAAGAGGCUGUUUUGAGCAGCUCCAUGGCACAUGAAUCCAACAGGGAGGAAAAGCCGCAGAGAUCCCACAGGAGGACGGUCUGCAAACCCAGCUCAGGGUGCUCUGAGGAGGAAAGACCCACCCUGUGCCAGGAAGGUGGGCAGAGCUCCAGCCAGAGCUCGGAGCUGGUGGUCCAUGAGCAGCUUCAUGAUGGGGAGAAGCCCUACAAGUGUUUGGAGUGUGGGAAGAGCUUCAGGAAGAGCAGCACCCUGAUCCGCCACCAGAUGAUCCACACCGGGGAAUGGGCCUACGAGUGUGGGGAGUGUGGGAAGGGCUUCAGCUGCAGCUCCCAACUCAUCAGGCACAAGCGUAUCCACACUGGGGAGAGGCCCUAUGAGUGUCUCGAGUGUCAGAAGAGGUUUCAGACCAGCUCCAGUCUCCUCAGGCACCAGCGUAUUCACACUGAGGAGAGGCCCUUCCGCUGCCUCGACUGUGGAAAGGGCUUCAAGUACAACUCCACCCUCAUCACCCACCGGCGCAUCCACAGUGGGGAGAGGCCCUACAAAUGUGGGGAAUGUGGGAUGAGCUUCAGCCAGAGCUCGAACCUGAUCUGCCACCAGAAGAUCCACACCAGGGAACGGCCCUACGAGUGUAGGGAAUGUGGGAAGAGCUUCAGCUGCAGAUCCCACUUGAUCUGCCAUCAGAGGAUCCACACUGGGGAAAGGCCAUACAAAUGUGGGGAGUGUGGGAUGACCUUCAGCCAGAGGUCCCACCUGAUCAUCCACCAAAUGAUCCACACUGGGGAGAGGCCCUAUGAGUGUCCAGAGUGUCGGAAGAGGUUUCAGACCAGCUCCUAUCUCCUCCUGCACCAGCGGAUUCACAUGGAUGAGAGACCCUUCCGCUGCCCUGAGUGCAGGAAGGGUUUCAAGUGCAACUCCACCCUCAUCAGGCACCGGCGCAUCCACACUGGGGAGAGGCCCUACGAGUGUCCCCAGUGUGGGAAGAACUUCUCCAGGAGCUCUAACUUGUCCGGACACCAACGAAGGCACCAGUAAGGGAAGCCCUUUGAGUGCCCCGAGUGCGGGAAGACCUUUGUGCCAUGCUCCAACUCCAUCUCCCAUGGGAGAUGGAGUUGGUCAGAGCCCUGGUGACCCACAUUUCGUGUUAUCCAUGCUGGGAAGACACCUGGCUGGUUACCCUUUUGGUUUGGCUGUAAUUUUCUUCUGAUUUAUCUUCAUCCCUUAAAAACAACCAAAAUAGAACUAAAAGAAAUUGAUCAGAGAUGCUUAAAGCCCCACCAUUUCACAGGAAUUUGAGGAGGAAUUUAUGGUUUGGGGACAUAUUCUGGAAGAUUUCUGGGUUCUUGGGUGAUUUCAGGCAGUGUUCUUAAUCUCUUUCCACUCCAAAAGCCAAGAUGGAUUGAUCUGUCACCUCAGAAUGACUCAUUCCCACUCAAAACAACUCAAUCAAGCCCCAAAAGGGUUCAAUCCCACCUCAAAAUGGCUUGUUCCCCCUUAAAAUCGCAGUCCCAUGACAAAAGUACUCAAUUCCACACCUUCCAGGGUGAGAUGGGCUUGGAAGGCGACUGGGAGAAGUGGGAUCCAAAUUUGAGGGUGUGGGAUCAGGAUUGUGUGCAGCUAGGUGUAUGGGAUGUAUUUUGAUAGUAAAUAAACAUUUCAGAAUUAUUGAUUCCUGUCCUGUUGGGGAAUGACUGCAGGAACAGGGCCAUGGAUCGAUGGAACAAUUGUUCCAGCAAUCCUCUGUGUAAAACCCCAAAAACAGCUCUGUGCCUGGGAACAGCACUGUGUUCAGGCCUGGGAAUUAGUACACUAUGCUUGGCCUAGGAACAGUACACAUUGCUUGUACAGAUAGCAGAGGCAGAGUAUCCUUGAGAUAUGAGUUGUACAAGAAUAGGAUGUAAAACAAGCUGUACCUAGUAAAGUAAAAUGUAUCAAGCUAUAGGAUGAAGAACUUAGAAGCAGUUGAAACUGCACAUAGGAAAACAUGGAACAAUGAACCUUUAUGAAUUAACCAAUGAGAAGCUUGUUGCUGAUAUUGCUUGUAAAAGACUAUAUAAACUGACAGGAUUUCUGAAUAAAUCAGAGCUUGCUUAUCAACA